GGACGCGUGUUUUCAAUACCGAGCUGCAGGAAUUCGCAUAAAAUAUCAACAGUCGGAUAUGAUUUAUGCUUCAGAACCCAACAGGGACGAACUAUGUUAUCAUGGCUGAGCUCACGGGAACAAAAGGCGAUCACUCAGCUGUAUAACAGAAACAGUUCUGCUGACAUAGGAUAUGCAAAACACAACCCUUCGCGGUUUGAGACACAGCGAGCAGUAUCGAUUUAACGGAAAAAAAUUUUUUUCAUUCAUUUACCAGAGAAAAGACAGGAGGCAUUGAUCGAGAGAGCAUUCGGCUGUAAUUUCACGCAGGCGUAAAUAGCGCCAAUAAGAUCGCGACAGAGGGUUGGAACGUGAAAUGUUGCACUGAUUAUAAGAGAGAUACCACGCGAGCUAGUACAUAUUUGACAGCGGCAGAGUUCUGAAAAUGGAGGACGAUCUGGAUGAGAGAUCUGCAGAAUUUAGCGAUAAAUUUGAAAAAUAUCAAUUCGAUGUUAAAGGAGAUCAAUGGAACAAAGAAGUGAGAGGGAAGAAAGAUUUUUCGGCAUCGAGUGAAUAUCACAGCCGCGAACAGGUUCAGUCUGCUACUGUCAGCGUUUCUAACGGCGACACAAUGGAAGGUUCCUCGAGGGAGUUUACGAAUGGCCACGCAAGUCGUACGUCAGACAAGAAUGAAAAUGGAUCUGCAACCAGUCUGGAUCAGGAAGAAAGUGAUUUUGCUUCAUCGAAGACGCAACCCGAAGAAUUGCGACAGUUAUGCGAUGUAUUGAUGGAGGAACGAGAUAAGGCGACAGCUUCGCUCAGAGAGCGAAGUGAUGAGGUGUUGCGCUUACGAAAACGCGCAGUUGAAAGUGGACACGAGAAAUCGGAUUUAAAAAUCCGAUUAGCCGAAGUCCAAAGCCACGCAGAACAACUCGAGGAAGAUCUAACAUCCGUUAAAGAAGAGAAUGAAAGAUUGAAAGCAGAGAUAGAUAGGUUGAGAAAUAGGAUUGACGAACUAGAGGUGGAGAGUGCUAACCUUAAAGAUAAAUUUAAAGCGCGCGAAGAUCACUGUGAUGUUGCUGAUGGAAAGAUCACGACGAUCGAUUCGGUAAGCGCAGAUCUGGCGCUUCAGGCGCUGGAGGAAUCAGUUUGUGUUGCAAGCGAAGAAGAAAAGGACAAGAAACAACAAGAACUUGAUAACUCUGCUAUUGCAAAUAAAGGAACAACUGGACUCGAAGCUCAACAAAUCGAGGAAGAAGUAAGUUCAUUCGCUGCACCAGAAGAAACGCCACCGGCGACUGAAAGCGAAAUUGCGCGCGACGAGACAGCUUGUGUUGCAAGCGAAGAAGAAGAGGUCAAGAAUAAGCAAGAACCUGAACACCCCGUUAACGCAAGUGAAGGAACAAUUGGGGUCGAAGUUGAAAGAACCGUUAAAGAAGUAAUUUCGUUUGCUGAACCAGAAGAAACGUCAGCUGUGACUGAAAGCGAAAUUGCGCGCGACGAAUCGGUUUGUGUUGUAAGCGAAGAAGAAGAAGAGGUCAGGAAACAGCAAGAAUUUGAACACCCUGUCAUCGCAACUAAAGCAACAACUGGACCCGAAGCUCAGCAAACUGAUGAAGAAGUAAGUGCAUUCGUACCAUCAAAAGAAACGCCCAUAGCGACUGAAAGCGAAGUGGUUGUCAAGAGAAGAGAAACUUGGCGCACCACUCCAAAUUAUUAUCGUCACUCGUUCGCCGGUAGUCUUCCAAGGCCAUUUCACUCCGUAGAAAUGCAUUCACAACAUUCGCUUGAUCAUUCCUCAAAGCACGAGCGAUCGGAGUCGGUUCAUUCCGACGCAAGCGGCGAGAGCGAAUCGGACGUCCAGGCGCCUCCAAGUAUACCGAGCUUUAUGAGAAGGAGAGUGGAAAAACCAUUCGUGAAAUCAGCUGGACUUAGCCCUGUGCAGUUUAAUUACCAACCUCUCCCUGUGAGUAUAUCGAAUAAGCGCGGAAGUUGGUUGGGAGAAACGAGAGCCCGCAGUGAUAGCCUGCCUACAGCUCACGAAUAUUCAUCUGAUAGCGAAAGUAGCGGGGUAGUAACGAAGAGUCCGUGCGAAUGGGUGGAACGAGAACAAGUCGCUAACACAUUGAACUCUGCGCUAGUAGAGAUCGAUGGAGUAAAUGGAAGCGACAACGCGAAUGAGUUUGGUCGUUCUAUCGACUUUGACGCACAACCGCCACAAUACGCUGAAAAUAUUCGAGAUUCCUCUAUGGAUUUGGCACCGAGCGGUCAUGGAAAUGGAUCAGAAGUCGUGCAGCAUAAUGGCGAAACAGAAUUAGAUAAAGAGGAAAAGGAGAAAAGAGAACACGUCUCUGAUUUAGUGACUUUGUGGAACAGUAGAACAGAGCUGGAGGUUUUCGAGAUUUAAUUACCUUUGAGCGAACUGAAAAUGAUUUCUUCGUCGCCGAUCAACUGUUCGAAAACGUGACUUAAUCAGGGUUCAAUGCGCUAACCCUCAAAACUUGACGUUUGUAAUUUUUAUGGGUCAGAGGAGCGGAAUGUUAGCGGUUAUCACUGGAAAAUUGUGCAAAAUAAAUUAUUUUAUCUUAUCUCUGAUCAAGUACCGAAGAUCGACCUCUAGAAUGCGUCAGAAAAGUCUUUUUCCGAAUUUAUAUUGCUUUGAUGUUGUCGGCGGUUUGUUGAUUUCUAUAAGAGUUCCGUUAUGUAUACAAACCAUUUAUUGUCUAAACCGGCUGUGUGUUAUUACUUUGUCAAAGAAAGGACACUUCUCCUUUAAUUACAAUAUGGCUUUUUUACCAUUUUGAUCAUUUUAUAUUAGUUUUAGAUAGCUACAGGUAAUAUUUAGGGAAGGGAAACUUUGUACUGAGAUGCGGAGUCCCUUUACAUUCGGAAUUUUAAUUUCUUUGAAUAAAAGUACAUUAUUGGCGUG